AUGAAUUACGCACGGUUCCUUACGGCCACGAGCGCAGCCCGAGAGCCUUCUGCCAUCCGAAUCCUGACUGAAAUAGUGACCAGGGCACCACCAUCGCUCAUCUCCUUGGCUCCCGGAUCACCAAAUCCAAACACAUUCCCUUUUAAGACAGCUAGUAUCACAAUAGAAAAUGGGAAUGCCAUCCAUUUUGGAGAAGAGACAAUGAAGAGAGCUCUUCAGUAUUCUCAAAGUGCUGGAAUUCCAGAAUUGUUGACCUGGCUAAGACAGUUACAAGAAAAUUUGCAUAAUCCUCCCACUAUCCGUUACCCACCUAAUCAAGGACAAAUGGAAUUAUGUGUCACAUCUGGCAGCCAAGAUGGUCUUUCUAAGGUGUUUGAAAUGCUCAUUAAUCCUGGAGAUAAUAUCAUCUUAGAUGAACCUGUUUAUUCAGGAACACUUCAAGCUCUGCAACCACUGGGCUGUAACAUUAUUAAUGUUUCCAGUGAUGAAUAUGGAAUCGUUCCAGACUCCCUCAAACAAGUACUUUCUAAAUGGAAACCAGAUGAUUCACAUAACCCCAAGAAAAACACCCCCAAAUUUCUUUACACUGUUCCAAGUGGCAACAACCCUUCUGGAAUCUCAUUAACAACUGAACGCAAAAAGGAAAUCUAUAAGCUGGCAAGAAAAUAUGACUUCCUCAUAAUAGAAGAUGAUCCUUACUAUUUUCUCCAGUUCAACAAGUCCUGGGCACCGACAUUUCUUUCCAUGGACGUUGAUGGCCGUGUCAUCAGAGCUGACUCUUUUUCCAAAGUCCUCUCCUCUGGGUUGAGAAUAGGAUUUUUAACAGGUCCCAAACCCUUGAUAGAGCGAGUUGUUUUACACACACAAGUUUCAACACUGCACCCCAACACUUUUACACAGCUUUUGGUAUCACAGCUUCUACACCAGUGGGGAGAAAAAGGCUUCUUUGCUCAUGUAGACAGGGUUAUUGAUUUCUAUAAAAACCAAAGGGAUGCAAUGUUGGCAGCUGCCGACAAGUGGUUAAGAGAUUUGGCAGAAUGGCAUGUUCCUACUGGUGGAAUGUUUUUAUGGAUUAAAGUUAAGGGCAUUUCUGAUACAAAACAAUUGAUUGAAGAAAAAGCCAUUAAAAGUCAGGUAUUAAUGGUACCUGGUUACGCUUUCUUCGUUGAUCGCUCAGUUCCUAGAUCUUACUUUAGAGCAUCCUUCUCUAUGGCUUCUCCAGAGCAGAUGGAUGUGGCUUUUCAAAGAUUAGCCCAACUUAUCAAAGAAUCUUCAUGA